GCGCUUUUCUUUUCCCCAAUUCUGACAUGCACAGGAAAUGAAUCAACCUAAAGACAGUUUAUCCCAUAUUGAAGAAAUUUGAGCACAAUUACUGGUUUUUUACAGAGUAUUAUUUUAUUUUAAAGUAUUUUUCUGUGAUAACGACUGAUUUAUUUUUAAAUCGACAAGAUGCCAAGCUCAAGGAAAAUAAUUUUGAAACACGUGAUGUCUGGAAUUUGCACAAAGAUGAACAGAACGAAGCAACUGCCUUCCGAUGUAAUGGAGACCCCACUAAAUCGCUGUCUUAACACAUUUGAUAUUACGUUAUUGGGAGUGGGUCAUAUGGUAGGUGCUGGUAUAUAUGUUCUGACGGGGACUGUUGCAAAAGAUAUAGCCGGUCCUGGAAUAAUACUCUCGUUUUUGCUAGCAGGACUAGCUUGUCUACUUUCGGCUCUUUGCUACGCUGAAUUCGGCACUAGAGUUCCAAAAGCCGGCUCUGCUUAUGUGUAUACCUAUAUAAGUAUCGGUGAAUUUUGGGCCUUCGUUAUCGGGUGGAAUAUACUUCUGGAACAUAUGAUUGGUGCUGCUUCAGUCGCACGAGCUUGGAGCGGUUACGUAGAUUCGCUUUUCGGUAAUGCCAUUAGUAACGCCACUAUCACUGUCACCGGAGAGAUGCACGAACAACUCCUCAGUAAAUAUCCAGACUUCCUAGCCUUUACUGUGUGCCUAAUAUACUCCCUUUUACUAGCCAUCGGUGUCAAAGGCUCUACUAUGGUCAAUAGUUUCCUUACCCUGGUUAAUUUAUCCGUUAUGGGCCUUGUAAUCGUUGUUGGGUUUAUUUAUGCGGACGAGACGAAUUGGACUGAACAAAAGGGUGGUUUUCUUCCUUAUGGUGUAGGCGGUGUCAUAGCGGGAGCAGCAACUUGCUUCUAUGCUUUUGUCGGCUUCGACAGCAUCGCAACCUCCGGAGAAGAAGCGAAGAAUCCAUCUUUCUCCAUACCAAUGGCCACAGUCCUCUCCAUGGGAAUCGUAACGAUGGGUUACGUUCUGGUUGUAUCUGCCCUCACCCUAGUAGUGCCAUAUUAUGACAUCGAUCCCAAUGCUGCGCUUCCAUCUGCAUUCGGAAAAGUGGGAAUCCAUUGGGUCAAGUAUGUUGUGUCUCUAGGUGCCAUCUGUGGAAUGACCACGACUUUGUUUGGAUCUUUGUUCUCGUUGCCAAGAUGUAUGUAUGCUAUGGCAACCGAUGGGCUCCUGUUUGGAUUUCUAGGGAACGUCAACUCGAAGACUCAACUGCCUCUAACCAACCUGAUCCUGUCAGGAUUCUUCUCGGCCUUGAUAGCAUUAGUAUUCGAUUUAGAAAAGUUAGUAGAGUUCAUGUCGAUAGGCACUCUGCUUGCCUACACUAUCGUCAGUGCAUCAGUUAUAAUUUUAAGAUAUCGGCCUAGUUUCGAAACCACCGUAGCAAAACCACCGCCAGCUCCAAGCCCCACUUCCGAUUUGUCGAGCACCGCGUCGGAUAUGACACCUACGCCUGUCUCCGAAAUAGUCAACUUGACAGGAACACUCAGAGUACAAUACAGCUGGUUAGGACCUGUUUUCGGCAACUGCGAGCCUGGAUCAGUUGUUACCGGUGCUGUUUUUAUUUACACCUCGUUCUGCUGCGCCCUCUGUGUACUAUUUCAAGUGUCAACGACUGAUAUUAAAAAUGGUAUCUGGUGGACUAUUGCUUUGGCUUCCUUUUUCCUCCUUAUUAUGGCAGGAUGUUUGCUGGUGAUUAUAGCUCACCACCAGAGCACCACCGGCUUAAGAUUCAAGGUUCCUAUGGUACCAAUAUUGCCUGCUAUCAGUAUUUUGUGUAACAUCGAAUUUAUGGUACACCUGAAUUACCUGACUUGGCUAAGAUUCUUCGUGUGGAUGAUUAUAGGAAUGCUAGUCUACUUCCUAUACGGAAUCCAUCACAGCAAAGAAGGUGAAGCAAACUCAUCGUACUCUAUACUGAUGACGUCUUCUGAAGCUGGCAAGGAGAAAUGGGGCUCGACUACCAGAACUCAAGCAAUUAAAGGUGCUUUAACCAGGAGAAAAACAUCUCAUGGAGAUAGAGGAGCCAUUAUUGACGAAGAAGAUAGCACAGAAUAAAAACAGUUAGAUCAGGUUGAUAUAUAAAGGAUUCUUUUGUUUUAUCUUAAAGAAAGUACUCGUUUGGAUUUAGAAUAAUUCACAAAACAUUUUGAACAUUUAUAUCCGUAUAUGUUGCUAUUUAUAAUCGUAGAUCAUUUAUUUAUUAACGAAGCAAAUAUUACUGUUUUUAAUUUCUGAUCCUUGUUUGUUCUAAUAUUUCAUUUUUAAAGUAUUUAGCUGCAUGGUUGCAAAAAUUCUAAAUGCUUCUGUAGCGAUAAUUUACAUCAUAUAUACCAUCAAUUGUAUUUUAUUCUCUAGUACUUCCUCUUUAUCUAUUGAGUCCAUGAUAUACUUAAUAAUCUCUGAUCUAGCAGUUCCUUAAAUGUUUUCUUAAUUUUUUAUAAUAAAUAUACACGUUUUAUCAGACAAUUGGUUAGUUAAUCGAACAGAUUUUUGCCUCCAAACAAGUUUCAUUUUGGAUUUUUGAUGUCUUUUUUUUUAUUGUCUUUGUGAUAAUUUAUAUGCGAUGAGACUCAGUCUUAAAUGUCUUCCGAUUGCGGAUGAAACUUCAGAUAGAAAUAAUUACAACCACUGCCUAUAAACUGUAAGGGAGAAACAAAUUCAGUAUAGUAAGCGAACUGCAAAGAAAACUUGGACAGAAGAGAUUCUUCAUGAAAUGGAAGAACAACGUAUAGCUAAACUAAAUAAUAGCAUCGUCCAGUAUGACCUAAUAAACAUGAAUAUAGGAAAUAAAAUACGGCAAAAAAAGUGACUAGAAGAAUAAUGUCAAGAAGCAGAGAGGUUAGUUACAUGAGAAACAUGGCUCAUUUAAUUUCCAUCAAAAUUUCAAAAUCAAAAAAAGUACAUUAUCGGAUGUUUCAGGAAUAAAACCAUGACCUUGGUUAAACAAAACAACAAUAUAUUAACAAACAAUAAUGAAAUUAUUAUUUGUCGGAGGAUGUAGGUAGUGACUAUAGCCUGGUGUCAUGUAAAGGAAGAACCCAGGAGAGCGGCGCCAACACUAACAAAAAUCAGAUUCAAAAGAAUAACUAAAGAUAGAUUCCACGUAAUACUUAUACAGGAAAAGGAUAUUAGAGAAGAAAGCUGAAAAAACUCAAAAAUAUUAUAACUAACGCACCAACAAAAGCACUUGGAGGGAGGAAAGUAACUAACACUAACAUAUCAAAGAAGAAAAUCCCAUGGUUUAGAGAGGAAUAGGUAAACCUAAUGUGAGAAAAAGAGGAAAGAAUUUUUACAAUACAGAAAACAAACACAACAGGCAUAUAACCGCUAUAAACGAAUCCUUAAUCAAACCAAUACUUUAGUCAGAGCUACUCAAAACAGAUGAAACACCCUUCUCACGGAACACAAAGAAUGGACAGAGGACAAAGAAAAGAAAUGAUCAAACUAAUAAAACAAAAGGCAGAUUCAAAAGGAAACAUGAAAGAAUACUUUCCAUCUUUAUUUGCUAAAAGUGACGAUAACGAACCACUAACACCAGAACGGACAACAAACGAAGAAAUAAACAUUGAGGAGGGAGAGAUAAAAAAGCAUUAAGGAAAUUAAAAAAUAGAAGAUCACCAGAAGACGACAAAAUACCGAAUGAACUCCUAAAGUAGGGAGGAACAGAUCUGGCUACCACAAGAAUAGAGAUCAAGUUUCUUAAUACCUUCCUUUAAAAAGGGCGACAAAUAGGACUCGAAGAACUAGAGAGAAUGUAGCUAUGAAGUUUAAAUAACUAGGUAUCAAACUAUCUAGUUACAGAAAGCUCAAAGCAAAAGUGAAAGAAAUUAAAAUAUCGGAAAAGAAAUGAAAGGCAGAAUAUACAUAACAGUCAUCAGACAACUAAUAUCGUACGCGGUAAAAACACGACCUGACACAGAGAGAACUACCUGACAAUGUUAUCAAAAAUUAAAAGAAAAAAGUAUAGGCGCCAUGGGAAGAUAGCAUCCUGAGGUAAUGAAAUUAAUAAAAUUUGAACAUCCAUGUCGAUUAUUUAACAAUUUAUAUAAUACAGAAGCAAUACCACGUUCUUCUUCUUAUUCUUUUUAUGUAGACAUAGCUCUGUCUGUUUUUCAAUGUGCCUCUAAUAAGUUGUUGUUCCAUCGUUUUCCUGGUCUUCCUACUGAUCGUCUUCCUAUUGGGGAACCGUCUCUUGCUGUCUUUACUACUCUAUUUCAUGUCAUUCGGCUUAUAUGAUCGUUCCAUUCUACUCUUCUAUUGGUUACCUAGUCCUUAAUGUUCUCCACCUUGCAUCUACGAUAUAUAUUUGUACUUCUAGCUCUGUCCCAGAGUGUUUUGGUUGCAAUAUCACCUGAGUGGAUUAAAUUUAUGUUAAUAACUUUACCUCAAAAUGCCAACGCAUAAAAUUAUGAAGAUUAGAGUAUUUUGAGUCUAAUUAGUUAUGCCUUAAAAUAUUCCUAAAAAUUAUUCAUUACAUAAUAUACAAAAAUGUGCAGAAAUCAGCGGCAAAACCCAAUUUGAUCUUAGAAAUGCAAUAGGUACGACAAAAGUCAUUUAGAGUAAGGAAUUGAUCUGCUGCAAUGUUGCGUACGUCACGGGUUGAUUAUGUGAUACAUGAUGAAUUAAAAAGAGCUGGAACCGAACGUGAACUAACUAUAAAACCACAACAAAUCAGAAAUCAACAAAAAGAUUUCUAUUUGUGUAAAUAUGAAAUAUUAAGAUUGUUUCUAAUAGAACAGAGGGAAGAAGAGGUACAGGGAGAAAGUAAUAUUCGUAGCUGCGAGAGAUAUGAGUUUGCUGCGGAAUUACAAAUGCAUGAGAAAUUCUUACACUUGCUAAAAAUGGGCAUUUACGAAUAAAUGACAGAUGAAUGUCUACAUGCUGGAAGAAUAUGGCACUUAAAGAAGAACAAGAAGAAGAAACCUAUAAAUACCAGUAGUGUAAACUAUCCUCCACUCUUUGAUAAGUUACUGGCUUGUUUUCCUAUUUUGCACUCAUAAGUCAUGAGGAGUCCACUGAUUGGCCCUUUUUUAUCUCGAGUGAAGAAAUAAAGAGGAGUAAAUAAAAAAACGACAGAAAACUACAAAGAAUAAGACAAUAAUUUAUUAUAUUGUAGAUCUACAAACACACACGAUUUAAUCGGCCUAAACUAAUAUGCUAGACUACAAAUUGUUGUUUCGCUUUUCGCCGAAACAUACACCAUGAUGGUUCCCUAAUGCACCGGCUACACACUACGAAAGCGUGCUUGCAGAGACUCGUUUGCACAGGUAAGAGCAUGUGUAUGGGCGGCAAGACGGUAUCCCACGCAGGCAUCUAAGCGCGGCCUGUACUCUCGUCGACAUGCAGAAAGUUUUACCUGUGUGUAUGAUGUUCAGAUACCUUACAUACCCAUGUUGUAAAAAAGACACAUUAAUUUCAUUAUAAAGGCAGUGAUGAGCAUUUUGCUGGACGUGAGAACUUUUUGAAGAGCGCCGUGGAGCCGGCAAUAUUGGAGGCAUCGUUUGGAGUAAGCCAAGGCUCGAUUUGGGCUGUAACACCAUUAGAUAGGAAAGGGAGGAUCCUACUUACUUGAAAUUUAAUAUAUUGUUAAGCCUUCAACCAAUAUAUAAAUGCAAAUGAUACGAAACCAUAUAAAAAAUAUUACAAGGACCAAACUUACUGUUGCUGAGCCAAACAACACUGGUCAAUAUAAUAAAGUAACGCAAGCUGGAAUACUUCGGUCACAUUAUGAGACACCCUGAAAAAUAUGAUCUUUUACAUCUGAUCAUUCAGGGAAAGAUCCAAGGUAAUCGUGGUCCUGGUAGACGAAGAACAUCAUGGCUGAAAAAUCUAAGGCAAUGGUAUGGAAAAUCAACUACAUAGUUAUUUAGAGCUGCUGUCAUUAAAGUCACGAUAGCGAAUAUGGUAGCCAACAUCAUAUCCAACGAUCGAUAACGGUUAUGGAACUAGAAGAAGAAGAAACUUACUGUUAGCAUUUGCAAACGAUAUCCAUGUAAUAGAAAUAUCGUAUUAAUAAUAAAUGAGGCUUUCAUCAGAUUCCAAAAGGAAGCGGAAAAGGUGGAGCUUAUAAUCAAUGAAAACAAAAUUAAAUAUAUGAAAAUGAGACUCAGUAACCCAAAUAAACAUAAAAUUGGACAGAACAUCACCAUCGACAAGUUUAACUUUGAGCGUGUCAGAGAAUUUAAGUAUCUUGGGACAACAGCAACUGAAGACAAUAACGGGUCAAAGAAAUGAACAAUAGGAGCAGCAACAGAUGUCUUUAUACUCUUUAAAACAUUAUAAAAUCGAAACAAUUAAAAAAUACAAAGAUACAACUAUAUAACAACAGUCAUACGACCCGUGUUAGGGCCAUAGAGCAACUACGUGUUUGAGAAAGAAAAAUCCUAAGGAAGAUCUUUGGGUCUGUGCUCGAUAAAGCUAACAAAGAGCUCUAAGAACUAUAUCCAGACGCUAACAUAUUAAAAGAAAUAAAGUACAGAAUACUCCAGUGAACAGGACACCUUAGAAGAUAUUAUAACGAAAUAAUAGAGAUGGCACCUUAAGCAAGGCUGAUAUGAGAAGAAGCUCCAACUGGAAGAAGACCACGUGGACGACCUCGUUGACAUAAAACUAUGGGCAUGGAGAAUUGGAUGGAUAUUGCUCAAGACAGAGACAAAUGGAGGCAUGUUGUUGCCAUGGAGUAAGAGUAAGAAAGAAAAUAUUACAAAUUCUUUGAGAGAUUGUAGAAUGAAUUCAAAUACUUUAGGCAGAUAUGUGAAAGAGCGAUUCUCCAAAUGCCAGAACUCCACAUGCCAACGUUACUGCCAAACCAAAAGUUAUUGGAAUAGUUUUUCUGCAGAUAAUUUCUCUUUCCCAAUCUUUCUCCCAAAAAUUAGGAGUAAUUCUUCGAAAUCACUUGAUGUCCAACGAAUGAACUUUCAGAAACCCAUGUUCUCUUCAAAUUUCAGUGUUGAAAGUAAAUUGCAAUUAAAAUGUCCUUGUGCAAAAAUUUCACGCCUCCACUUAACUCAUAUAGCCUCCUUGAUAUAAACAGCGAUUCCAAUAUGAUCAAUCAUAGUUACCAACCAAUGAACAAUAAAAUAUUUAAAUAUGUACAUGAGAUAAGCCUCUCGUUAAAAUGUUAUAUCCAAGUGAGUACAAAGCAUCCUAAUGUAUCCAAAUUAUAUCCUUGGUACCUUGUGUUUGGUUUUUAAUCAAAAACACAUACCUCUCUCGUAUUUUUUAUGACCGCGUAUCAUUAUUAGUAGCAAUUGCUCCUCAAUUAAUUGUAUUUCACUUUUAAUAUGAAGCUUCAUUUACUGAUAUUGGUGUUCAAAAGUUUUUCUUUAUUGUUUGUGUAAUGACAGAAAAAAUAAAGAAAUAAUGAUACGUUGAUAUGUUGAUGUUACCGUACGGAUAAAUUUUAGAAAAUUAUUUAUUGUACAUAGAAAAAGUCAAAUUAAAGCUUAUUAAUACU